UGUUUUAUUGUUGUAAUUUAUUAUUGCCGAAUUUUUUUAUGGACCAAAAUGUUUUUGUGGCAAACAAUAUUAACCAGAUAGACAAUUGAAUAUAUUUAAAAUGAUAUAACAUAACAUCACGCCUUUUUAUACCCGAAGGGGUAGGCAGAGGUGCACAUUACGGCACUUAAUGUCACUGUACAACGUAACACCCACUUU